AUCAGCAAAAAAUGCAUAAAUAAUGAAGGUUAUUUCCUUUUAUCAUAAUAUAAAAUUAAUGUAUACACUAAAAGGCAUUGUUCUAAAGUGAAGACAUAAAAAAAUUACAUUUCAUUAUAAGUCAGCUCCCAAGUAAUGACAGUACUAAUCACUGAAAAAUUAAAAAUAUGACCUUGAAUUCACGAUUUAUGAAACAAAUUAGGACAACUCAUUAACCCAUAAUGAAAUUAGCCAAUUAUUGUGAUGGCAACAACUCAUUUAAAGUUUGAAAGAAAUCAACACGAGUGCUAGGCGGUUAGAACUGUGUUGAGUAUAUUACAAACGGUAAAUGCUGCCUUAUAAAUAUAAAGCGAUUUUCAACAAACCCCUUCAGAAACAUUUGUCUAAAAUCAAAAUUCGAAAGACAACCUCAUAUUAUGUAGAUGGAACUUUGUUUACCAACAAAAAAAAUCUUUCUUUCUUUUUUUCAAUAAAACAAGAGUUCACAUAAUACAUAAAACAACAUGUUUAGUUCACCUUUUUAAUGUAAUCAGAUAUGUCCAUGUUGAUUUAAAAAAUUAUAAUUUAUAGUAUUGUAUUUAAUUGUACUUACAAGAAGCGCCUACCUAAUUAUGAAAGCAAUAUUUUUUAUCACUAACUAAAAUUAAUAAAACUAUAAAAAACAAGACAAGGGAUUCAGAGGAAUGAAUUCAAUGAAAGUUAUUUGCAAGGUCAAAAAGCCAAAAUAAAACCUUAACAGGACUAAGAAUUACAAAAGAAAAGUUACGAUUUCUAACAAAAGUAAGAAACUUUUAUUUGUCCUCUGAAUAUUUUGCUUUACACACAAUGACGUCAUGCUACAUGAAUACAACUAAUUAAAUUCCAAUAACACUUCGCUGAAAUUACUUCCAGUAAUUGAACUUCACACUUUUUAAUUCGUGAUCGUGUAGGAAAUGGUGUAAGAACACCUUAUCUAGCUAAGACUACAACAAAGCUAUCCUUUCAAUGAAAUUCUUAGAGAAUGAUCUAUACAAAUGCUGAUUAGAACGAGUUGCUUGAAUAUUUGUAGUCCUGCAAACAAAAUAAAAUGAUUGUUAAACACUAGGAAUCUCUAAAGGAAAAUUUUGUUAGAUAACAAAAUUUUCAAAUAAAAAAGAAAAUGUAAAAAAUGAAAAAGAAUAAUUUAAUUAUAUUUCACUUAAAUUUCUUUUAAAUUCCUGACGAUUUUGAGACAAUUAAUUGCUCAAAACAAUUUGAUACAAAAGAUUUGCUCAAAACUGAAAGCUGUUCCAUUAAAACAGCUUCUAAUAUUGUGAUAUUGAUAAUACUACUGUUUUUUUAACAGACACACUACAAUUUUCUAUUCACAGAUAUAAGGAAAGUGAAAAAACAGUAAAGCCAGUUAUCACACCAUAUAUUUAUUAAAUUCUAUUGGAAACAUCAUUGGGAUAUCUGCCACAUACUAGUUCAGGUUCAGUUCUGAAAGUGCAGAUUUGAUUUUUAACAAUUAAAAGCAAUCUGCUACACCAAAUCAAUUUCAAAUUUCUCUGAACUCUCUGCUCUCAAUUUUCACAGAUGAAAACCACCUCAAUAUCUUAAAUAUUUAAAGAGAGACACAAGUAAAAAUAUUAAACUUUCCACAAUGUUUUUGUGAAGAAUAAAAAUAUUCACACACAUUUAAAGCAAAAAUUAAUUCACAUUCAAAACACAUCAAAGUUGUCAAGAAUGCAGAUUGACAAACAAUACUAAGAUUCCUCUGCAGAACUUAAGCAAAACUUACAACAUUUACAACCUUACUUACCCAUGUUAUGGUUUCAUUUUCUAUUAGCAACAUUUGCCAGUUGGUCACGUAUACGCCCUAAACCUUCUAUCAGUGUAUCGAGUGUCGGUCUCUGGAAUUCUAAUAACACUGUAGAAACGUUCGGAUUUUCCUUAAUAUUAGUUGUAUUCUCUUGAAUCUUCAUUUGAAGAAGACAAGUGGCGUUGGUGUUACCUGGAUCAGCUGUUGAAGUUUUAGAACAAGUUUGGCAAGAAAAUUCCAUAAGUUUUGGUGCUCCCACAGGUGUCAUUGAAUCCAUCUCUAGGACAAAUGCACACCGCGCUCAAGUCCUGCUCAAGUCAGCCCCCUCGACGCCAAUCAGCUGAUAAGAAGAAUGUGACUACUGCUGCCAUCUUUUGGCGACGUGUUAACCUUUCAAUUUUGGGACGUAAACAGUGACAGCUCGCAGAGAGAGCACCAGCACACCAAUAGAAGUCAUAUGAAAAUUUGUAGUAAUUAGUUCAGGGCUAUUGAAAAAUUAACAGAUAUCGCCCAGCGUAGCAUGAUGCAGGAGGACUCGAACGGGGAGAGUACCUUCGAAUUCGUUGAUAAGAAAUCGGACGAUAUGUCUAAUUCCCUAGAAACAAUGCCUAAAACAGAUUCGUUGAGUAGUUUAUCUUCAUCAUCUGUUUCUUUGGUGCCAUCAGCAACUGGAUUGGUUCCUACUGGAAGUUUGCUAACAAAUGUGCCUCCUCCUUCUGCUCUUCCAAGCUUUGUGACAUCAGAAUCAAGUCCUCAACAUUUUGCCAGUGCAUCUUCAGUUACCUCACAGAUCAGUAGUGCAAGUUACCAGCCUCCUGCUCCUAGCAGUCUUUCUCAACCUAUAUCAGCACCUCCUUUAGCAUUCCAUCAAACUCAGUUCUGCCCGGUGAUCCCUGCGAGCAAAGGAGGCCCGCCACCUUCUUUGGCUGGAGCAGGUGGUAGUCCCGCCACUCCAGAAGUAGCUGUGGAAGCAGGUGAACAAGCAGGAGGUGACGGAAGCGCUGGGUUGUUUGGUUGGGUUCGCGGAGUUGCUGGUGGAGUUACCUCCAGCAAUCUGCUCUCUCGAAUGGCUGAAAAAGCGAGGAAUUCUGUGGAUUCAAUGAUCACAACGUUGGAUCCUCAAAUGAGAGAAUUUCUUCAUUCUGGAGGUGAUGUGGAUAUUGUGGUAGCUUCUGAUAAAGAAGUAAAAGUCAGCCCAGUCCGGGAGGCGUUCCAGGCAGUUUUUGGAAAAGCAACUGUGACGGGUUUGGCAGCACAACCUACUAAUAUUGCAGCACAACCCGUGGGAUUCGAAGCGGCCACCACUGCUGCCCGAGAACGGAUCAUUGCCGUACGAGCAACCCACGGACUUCCUGCCCAGCAACCAGUGCUAGCUGUGGAGAAUUUCCUCCUUGAAAUUUCACCUGAUAACGACCCUGGUCAAGCCCUUGAACUCAGCACUUUCACCCAGGGCACUCCAGUUCCUGCUCCUAUCGUUGCCCUUGCUCAUGAGGCAACGCCCGCUGACUACCCCUUAAAAGCCUCUGGUCUAGCAACGACAGUUGGAUCAUUAAUGGGGCAGAACCUUCAGGUUCCCCCUUCUCAGUGGCAUGAAGCCUUAACUGGAGUGCCGAGACGCGAAAUGGUCCUGAUUGCUGCUCGCGCUCUUGCUGGCAUGUACAAGAGCAGCAACCGCAGCCUCUUAUGAAGCUCUUGUUGUGUUUCUGAAUAGCUGGAAUCGUAUAAUGUGUAAAUAUUGAAACAUACUCUCAUCCUGUAUCCAAGGAUUGUUCGACGUUGUACAUUUGAGUAAUGGUAUAACAUAACAUUCUUAUUUUCUUAACUAAUUCACUUUGCUGUUUUCAUCACUACUCAGUUGUGUUGUAAAACAGGCUAAACAUGAUCACUAUUCAUUGAAAAGAGCAAAUCACUGAUGGCCAUCAUGAAAUGAUGCAGUCGUGUAGCAGUUGUAAUCGAAUAUAACUAUAGUCUCGUAAUUCUCUGCCAGUUAUUAGCAUCAACUAUAUUUGUUGGCUGACAAAUACAUUAAUAUCAAGGAUAUUUCUAAGUGCACCUCAAGUAAUCACUGUUCCAAAAAGCAAUGAUUUUUGAAAAAAUUAACAUGUUAGCCUAAUAGCCGUGUGCAGACAUGUCAAGAUGCUUAUAACAACAUGAAGUAUUCUGCUGUCUGUCAAAGCAAAGUGGUUUUAUUCAUUUGUGUUUUAGUAUGAACUUUUCUUUUUAAAUUGUUUUCUGAUAUUUUUAUUACUACAUGUAUUUGACUUGUUGUUACUUUUUCAUUACAAUCUGCAACAGUCAGGAAGAUUUUAUCCAGCAUAUCAGACUGAUGUCAUUGUACAGCAUAACAUUUAAAUACAUUAAAAAAAAGGAAACUUUAGGAGCAGAAAGAACAAAUCUUUAUUAUUUUUACUAUGGCACUUUUUAAUGUUUGCUUUGCCUGUAAUCUGUAUUUUCUCUUAGAAUUUUAUAAUGUCACGUAACAUACUAACUAUAAAUAUUGACCUUUCCCUCAAAUUUCAAAACGCAAAUUGGAAAAUUGCCCAGUGGUGUUAUCUUAGUCAUUGCAUGAAAACCCUCUUCCAAUCCAAAUUGUUGCUACUGGCAAGAAAAACAAAAGUUUAUUGUAAGUGUGUAUUUGUAACUCUUUGUAACAUAUUGGUGAGGGAUAAAAAGAAAACAAAUAAAAAUGAAGACUGUUAUAUUGUAGUAAAUUGAUGUUAUGUGCUACAAAAGUAAUACAAGUUCUUGGGAAGAAAAUAUUAUCUGGACUUUGUACUGUUCUAAUAAAGAAUUCUAAAAACAUCAGAUACUGUUUCUUAUUCUAGUUCAUUAGGUUCAUUGCUGACAAUUAACAUAAAUCCAAAACCUUACAUCCAUGCAAGAUGAUGGUUGGUUGGUCUUGUGUUUAAUCC